AUGCCUUAUAUCGACGCCUGUCUGGAGUCCAAAUGGCUAACCGUUGGUGAGCUAAUAGUUUCAGCCCAAGCGGUGGCCACAGCCCUACUGGACAGGGGUCUCACCAAACAGGACCUGAUUGUCACAUUUGCCAACAACUGUGUAGAGCACUCAGUAUUGGUAUUCGCGGCUAUUUUGCUGGGCGUCACGAUAUACCCGAUCGGACCCGUGGCUAAUGUGCACGAGUUAAAAACCCUAUUGCCUACAUUGGGUCCAUUGGCGCUGUUCACCGAUCGAGACAAGUCGGUUAUCGUAGACAAAGUGCUCGCAUAUCCGGACAUCAAAAUCCAGUCCAAACUAACAGUCAUGUUGGAUGGGUUGGCCCGGGAGGACACGUACGUGCAGUUCAGUGAGCUUUUGGCUGAGGGUAAGGGCCGGGAGUUGUCCCAAAUCCCGCAUUUCCCAGUCAAUCCCGAGACCGAUAUAUACAUAAUGCUGCAGAGCUCGGGCACAACAGGAGUGCCCAAAUCGGUACGUCUAUCGCACCGGGCGUUUGUGGCCAACAUAUACUGCAAUAUAUACGACAGAUCGCAUCACUUGAAUCCACUUAUUUUCAGCGAAAUCACUCCAUUCGGGUCCAUUUCAGGCCAGUUUUAUUUAUACACUUAUCUACUAAUUGGUGGCACUUUUGUAAUGUACAGCCGGAUGUCUGAAGAGGCUGUAUUGAGCUCGGUGAAUAAUGUUAAACUGAUUAUGUGCGGCGGCGCAGCCCUUCCCGCAGAAGUAUCCCAGAAAUUGAUCGACGCCUGUCUGGAGUCCAAAUGGCUGACCGUCGGUGAGCUAAUAGCUUCAGCCCAAGCGGUGGCCACAGCCCUACUGGACAGGGGUCUCACCAAACAGGAUUUAAUUGUCACGUUUGCCAACAACUGUGUGGAGCACUCAGUACUGGUAUUCGCUGCCAUUUUGCUGGGCGUUACGAUAUACCCGAUCGGACCCGUGGCUAAUGUGCACGAGUUAAAAACCCUAUUGCCUACAUUGGGCCCAUUGGCGCUGUUCACCGAUCGAGACAAAUCGAUUAUUGUAGACAAAGUGCUCGCAUAUCCGGACAUCAAAAUUCAGUCCAAACUAACAGUGAUGUUGGAUGGGUUGGGCCGGAAGGACACGUACGUGCAGUUCAGUGAGCUUUUGGCUGAGGGUAAGGACCGAGAGUUGUCCAAAAUCCCACAUUUCUCGGUCGAUCCCGAGACCGAUAUAUACAUAAUGCUGCAGAGCUCGGGCACAACAGGAGUGCCCAAAUCGGUACUAGAUAGCGUGGCCCGCAAACACCGGUUCCGGAUGUCUGAAGAGGCUGUAUUGAGCUCGGUGAAUAAGUAUGCCUACGGAAUGACAGAAUACGCUCCCAUCACUCACUUUACGAGUGCCGAGCGCUGGAAUUUCAUACCCGGAUCUGCGGGACAACUCUCGCGUAACACUGAGGUUAAAAUCGUCGAUACGAACACUGGAAACAGUUUACCCGCCAAUACAGAGGGACAGAUAUGCGUGAGAGGACCCAAACUUUUUACCGGAUAUCUCAAUGUCGACGCAACCGAUGACAUAGACUCCGAGGGUUGGCUCCGGACGGGAGAUAUCGGACAUUACGACGAGAGGCACCGACUAUUCAUUACAGACCGGAUCAAAGAGUUGAUCAAAUGGACGACAUAUCAGGUCUCGCCCACAGAAUUAGAGCUCUUCCUACAGACACAUCCAUCGGUGGCCGAAGUGGCCGUUAUUGGUGUCAGUCAUCGCACUGAGACUCAGUGGCCGCGGGCUUAUGUGAUCCGAAGGCCCGGCUAUACGACCACCGCUCAGGAACUGUGCCAAUACGUGUCCGAUUCCGUGGGCUUUUCUAAGCGCCUGAGGGCUGGUGUGGUGUUUAUCGAUCACAUCCCGAGGACUAACAUCGGAAAAGUGGACCGAAAAUAUUUCAAACAACUGGUGGCCAACGAGUUGUUGGACUGA